AUGGAUCUCGUCUCCUCAGGUCGAGCAUCCGAGAGGGGGAAGUCUUCUUCCUCCACGCCUGAGAAGGCCUUCUCACCCAGUGCGGCGGCGGCGGCGGCGGCUGCGGCGGCGUCGUCGACGACGAAAUCGUCGAUUUCCGAAGAAAUCGUGACGCCGGAGAAGCCGGCGGAGUUGCCAAGGCGGAUCAGGAACCGUGGCGUUGCCUUUUCCGUGAAGGAGGUGAGGAAGGUCGCCGCGAGCCUCCAGCAGCCCCACGGGGUCUCACCCAAUCGGACAGAGAAAUCCAGGACUCUUCGGUCCGCGGAGAAGGACGCUGCGUUUGGUUCGAUCGCUGAAAGUGUUCAGAAGCGGCUCCCGUCGAAACCCGUCCCCAGACUCACAGAAACGUAAGAACACUCUCUUUGGCGUUCUCAUUGAAUUAAAAACCUCAGCCGAACCGCCGAUUUCAGGACUUCUACAAGUCUCGCUUCGAUCUGAAGAAGGAAGCUUUUGGUCUGUCUCGUUAUCCUUGUAAUUUAUUUAUCUGAAAGAUUUAUCGGUUUCUUUCUCUAGGAUUUUACUCGCUAUCUUUCUCUCGUUAUGUAUAUAUGUAUACAAAUUUUUGCAAACGAAAUUCUUCUUCGCACGUUUUAUUCAUUUAUCUAUUUGUGAAGUAGUCAGCCGUGCUUCUUCCCCCAGAUUAAUACUGGUCCUUGGUCCUGAAAUCUAAUCUCGUUGUGAUCAGGUGUGAGAUUCUGCUGGAAUUCUUCAACUCACUGACAUCGUCGAUCAGAUUGCUCCGCCUGAAAGGCUACCUGUCUUCUUUUUCGAAGAUCAGUCCGCAAGUGGAGUCUCUGACCAACAGGUAGAAAUCACCGAGUUGCUACAUUCUUGGGAAAUUCUUCUCGUGAAACUUAAUAAAUAGUCUUCGCUGGAAUGUUUCAGGAGGUUUUCUCAUGGACAUCUGGCCCAACUCAAGUACAUUCUACCAGAAGCGAUCUGCAUCAAGAAGAUCCUCACGCACGAUGAGCCUACGAGCUGCAUCAAGCCGGACCUCCAAGUCGUCCUGCAAAUCGAUGCCUUUGAAGACGGCAAUGAACAGAAGAAGCGUAGUGGGUAUCACAAGCUGAGCCAGGUGUUUAGAUCCAGGCUUGUCGAGUUCUCCAAGGAACACCCAGAUGUACGACUACUCUUCUUCAUCUUAAAUCUCGAAUCCCCUGAUGCUCUGUUGUCUUCUGUUCCGAGGCCCAUCUUUCGACAAGUUUUCUCAUCUUUGGUAAAUUCAUCAGGGGGAGGAUGUUCCUGAAGCUGAACUACCGGAACCAUUCAAUCACACGAGAGGAAUCAUUCUCUCGCCGUCGCCUACGGACUCGAUUCCAGUAAAGACCUCCCGCGGUGAUCUACCGUUUGUCAGUUCUUCCCAAGAGCAACCGGCAACGCAAGUGCCUUCCCACAUACCCGGGUCCUUCAGGAGGCACUUCUCUCGGAAGGAUUGUCUUUCCGGUCAAGAGAACAAUCUGCUGACGCGUUUUGCCGACGGGCCUUCUCCGGCAACACCUCCGACUACAAGAAGCCAAUCUGCUCUCCCUAAUUCUUCUCCAAGGCCACCGAUCAGCAGGAGUUCGUCUUCACCCAUCUCCACUGAUACUCAGUUACCCCCAGAAAGCUCUGGCAAAGUUCAGACCUCCGCAGAAGAGCCAGCGAGAACUGGCGACUGCCCCGCUAAAUGUGUGGAUGAUUUAGAAGGAACGCCUGUUAAGCUCAUGUCUACUCCGAAGAUGUUGAUGACUGCCACUCCGCAGCUGCAAACUCCCAGGAGAGACCAGCCAGGCGAUGGUGAACGUUCCAAUGCCCUCAAGUCCCAUAGGCGCCCCACUCGGACCAAGCUAUUUCAUACUCCAGUGAAGCGAGCCAUACCCCAGGAGGAAGAAACAGAGGUUGCAGACGAAAGCGUCCUUCACUUCCUUCCAAAGGCCCUCUUACAGUCGGUAAUAACUCUCUCUCUCUCUCUCUCUCUCUCUACACACGCGCACACAUCCUCUGUGCCCAAAUUGCCACAUGUAUCAGAAUAAAGGUAGAGAUGGGUUCCCUGUACUGUUUGGGAUGAAGCAUGGAAGGAUUUACUUGUUGGGAACUCUGACAGGUUAGAGAAAAGGAGAAGAGAACUCGGGAGGAGCAGGAAGCGGGCAUGGCAGCUUCAAAGAGGAGACGGAACAUGCUCUCUUGCCUGCCCAGGCUCUUCAACACCGUCCUGCUACUGUUCCAGUCGGCCAAGUGCUCAGUCAUCACUAGGCAAGAACUCAUUCACAAGAUAAUUUCAAGCCAAUGCGAGAUCGUCGACCGAAGUAAGAGACUCUUAACAGCCAUCUGUUUCUGAAAAGUGUGCAGUGGAUUGUAGUGGGCUUGACGGCAUUGCCUGCUUCCAAAUUUGCAGGAGAGGUUGAAGAACAGCUCGGUCUCUUACAAGAACUGGUCCCUGAUUGGAUCUCCGGAAAGACGGCCUCCAGUGGCGACUUCCUCUUCUGGUAUGCUUCUCCACCCGAAUUUGUGGUAUCCGACGGACUGAUUUUCCAAAAAAGGGAAGAUUUUCUCGUUAGAAUCUCCACCAAAUGCCUCCUAAAAAGUUACCCGUGUUUUCAAUCAUCAACCCCGCUGUUGCAGUAGUUUCAAACCGAUCAUGCUUGUCUGAUCUUCCCAAGCGGCGCGUUCUUGUGCAGUGUCAACAAGACAUCAGACACCGAGGCCUUGCGGCGGAGACUGGCUGAAGCCGAGUGA